CGGCGGUUUCCGGCCGGGGCCUUUUGUGGUGUGCACUGCCGGAAGCGGAAGCGGUGGGUGCGGGAUGGAGGAGCCUGAGAUGCAGCUGAAGGUGAAGAAAGUCACAGACAAGUUCACAGAGAGCAUGUACGUGCUGGCCAACGAGCCCUCCGUGGCCCUCUACCGCCUGCAGGAGCACGUCAGGAGGUCCCUUCCAGAGCUGGCACAGCACAAGUCUGACAUGCAGAGCUGGGAGGAGCAGAGCCAAGGAGCCAUCUACACUGUGGAGUAUGCCUGCAGUGCCAUCAAGAACAUGGCUGACAGCAGUGUGUACUUCAAGAGCAUUGACAGCCUGCUCAAGCAUGCCAUAGCCAUGAAGGAGCAGCUCAACACUGCCCAGGGCCGCAGCACUGCUGCCCCACCAGGCAAGAAUCCUCCAGCAGCCAGUUCCUGACUCCAGACCAUCCUCUGCUGCCUUCUCCAGCCUGCUUCUGCGUCCUCCAGCCACGGGGAGGAGGAAGAAACCUCCAUCUGUGAAGCUGCUCCCUCCCCCCAGGCUGCUGCCUGCCUCUCUGGGUUCCCAGCGAGCAGCUAAAUCCUGCUGCUGGGGUGGGAGCUGCCUUUGAGGGGUGCUUUGGGGAGCACUCCUGUCCCUUUCCACAGGAGGGCACGAGGUGGAUUUGUCCUUUCCAGCUCUUUUCCAGCCCCAGGCUGCUCCUGUGGUGGUUUUUCUUUUGUUUUCCUCCUCUCUCUACCUCUUGGCCACAGAAAUCUCCUCAGAAAAUCUGGGUCUUGCUUGCUGUGGUUUGCAAAUGGCUCUUAAGGACCUGCCAUGGGCACACUUCAGCUUUGUUCUCUGCAAGGAGAGUUUUUCAUCUGCCUGCCAAGGGGUUGCUGGGUUUGGAUUUAGUGAGGACAAUUAAUAAGAGAUGAAAACCAAGAAA